UCAUGCUCCUCAGGUCGACAUACGUUUGUAUCAUUUACUUCAUAUCAACUUUAGUUUUAGUAACCGCUGGUCGGGAUUUUUAUCAAAUACUUGGCGUAUCACGCUCGGCAUCAACAAAUGAUAUUAAAAAAGCCUAUAGAAAAUUAGCAAAAGCUCUGCAUCCAGAUAAGAAUCAAGACGACCCAGAUGCAUCGCAGAAGUUUCAAGAUCUUGGAGCCGCAUAUGAGGCCCUGUCAGACCCUGAAAAAAGAGAGUUGUACGAUAGGUGCGGCGAAGAUUGCUUGAAGAAAGAUGGUAUGAUGAACAAUAAUGAUCCCUUUGCAAGCUUUUUCGGUGAUUUUGGUUUUCAUUUUGGUGGCGAGUCUCAGCAACAUGAAACACCUAGAGGGGCGGAUGUUGUUAUGGAACUUACUGUUACAUUAGAAGAACUAUAUAAUGGAAAUUUCAUUGAAAUUACCCGUAACAAACCAGUAAUAAAGCCUGCAUCAGGGACUCGAAAAUGUAAUUGUAGACAAGAGAUGGUAACUAGAAAUCUGGGUCCAGGUCGUUUCCAGAUGAUGCAACAAACAGUCUGUGAUGAGUGUCCUAAUGUUAAGUUAGUUAAUGAAGAGAGGCUUUUAGAAAUUGAGGUUGAAGUGGGUGCACCAGACAACCAUAAGACAAAAUUAAGAGGUGAAGGAGAACCACACAUGGAUGGUGAGCCAGGCGACUUGGUCAUUGUGUUCCGUACAGAAAGGCAUCAACAAUUCACAAGACGCGGAGAUGAUUUAUACACAAAUGUCACUAUAUCUUUACAGGAUGCCCUAACUGGAUUCACAUUGGAAUUAAUACAUCUUGAUGGUCAUAAAGUGUCAGUAUCAAGGGAUAAAGUGACAUGGGCUGGGGCUCGUGUGAGGAAGAAGGGAGAAGGCAUGCCCAACUUUGAAAAUAACAACCUACAUGGUAACCUGUAUGUCACGUUUGACAUAGAUUUUCCAAAACAAGACUUUACUGAUGAUGAAAAAGAAGCUUUGCGGAAAAUCCUCCGACAAUCACCAAAUAAUAAAGUGUAUAAUGGACUUUAGUGAAAUAAAAAUUGACUUUAAUUUAUUUAAGUAGUAGUGAAUUUGAGUGGUAUGAUCAUAUAACAUGUGAGUCAAUAUAUGAAAGCUCAACGGUUUUUGUAAAAUAAAGUUGUCAUGUACCUA